CAGUCAAAGCCCAAAAUUCCAAAAUACUGAACCCACGUAAGCCAGUGAAAAAAUUACAAGACGGUUUUGCCGCUCAAGAAAUGUUGCUGAGGAAGAUCGCCUGCUCCGGAUUUUCCUAACCCUUCGCAGCCACCGUUCUAAUCUGAAUGAGAAAGUGCAACCGCGACCUGGAACCCGUUUCCUUUCUGAUUUGACGCUGCGGAGUGAAGCUAGCGGUCCACGAUGUGUGCCAUUCAUACUAGUACUAGUAGUAGAACGUGAAGGCUACAGAGGGGUCAGUCUGACUCAGUAAGCUUAGUUUAUUGUUGGAAAUAUGCAGUAGGAGAUUGUGAUGGUUUCAUUUCAUCGAGUGCUACAAAUCACGGAUAGUUCCCUUAGCUUUGUAACCACUGAACAAUGAAUAUGCAGUGUGUGCCUGUAAGCAAGACGAGGAUGGGCGCUUUGCCGGGUCUAGCACACCGGGCGAUGUUUCUUCUGAGCAUCGCGGUAUUGCUGCUUAUGCCAUCAGCUACGUGCGCCUGGAGGCUGGAAACACGCUACAUUGCACCGGACUAUGGUAGCACAGACGUGACAACGUGUGGCUUCACUCGACACAUACCCUGCAAUGGAAUUGUAACAAUCAUUGAUGGCGGAUGCAAAGCAAGCCUUACGAACUCCACGCAUUUUGAGCUACGACUACUGCCUGGUCGGUUCGUUAUGCCAAUCUUUGGUGGACCUAAACUGCUGGCAGCCUGCAACAACUUUAGUGUGCUUGCGGACAGUGGAGAACAGGACGUUACUGUUGUUGUCAAUCCGUUUGAGAUUCUCAGCCCUGUGAACGAGACGUAUCAGCCAAACCUGAACAAAGUGGGCAAUCAUAAUGGUGAUGUAUGCGGAUUGAAGGAUGCUGCAAACUUCUUCGGCUCGGCGGCAUUCGCGUUUCUCAACUCCACUGAGGUCCUGCUACAGAAUCUCAUCUUUGAAAUGGCCAGUAGCUACAUUGACCUCUUCAUCACUAUAAACAACGUUGGUCGGUUCAUCAUUGACAAAUGCAAGUUCCUGAAGCUGCCAACACUGAGACAAGCCAUUGGAAUCCUGAACCCUAUCGGGCAGGUUACAAUUCAGAAUUGCACAUUUGAGAAGCUCGAUCAUGCGUCCACACCGGAUAAUGAAUAUGAGUCAUCUUUUAACAACUUACAGAUUCAAGCGGCUGUGUAUGUGUUUCAGACCAUCCCUUCACCGUCAGCAGGUGGCGUUCUAAUUGUGGAGAACAACUUUACAAUAGUGCGCAGCAAGACACCACUGCCGUGGACUUAUGACAGCUGGGAAACCUAUAUAUCGCGCACACAGUUGAAAUCCCUAUGCCGGACAACUGGUCAUGCCACGUUGCUGCGUAUUCGCCUUGAUGCGUAUGCAGCAAACUUGCAGGUGUAUGUGACUGACAACACAUUUGCAGCUCUAGGACCGCGCUACACGGCUCAGAGCAUCGGGUCGGCAAUGGCCGUUGCCGUGAAGUGCAAUGCAAAAGACAACACUGUGGCUAUAUUCGGCAAUUCUUUCCUCAACCAUGUUGGACAGCAGGGAAGUGGUCUGCAGAUCAGCAUCAGUGGGCUAGUUAGGGGCAACAGUGUCAUCCUGUUCCAAGCAACAUUCGAAUCGAAUGGACUGCAGAACUGGACCCAAGAAGGUGGUGCGCUACGGAUCUUUGCGACGGAUUACCAGCUUGAAACGAAUGAAGUAAUCGUUGACACAAUCACCCUGAAGAACAACUCGGCUCUAUUUGGAAGUGCUAUUCACAUUGAACGGCGCUAUGAGGACUAUGAGGGCUGCCCAGUGUGUAUCAAUCCGGACACUGGCUAUCAGUUCUGCUCUCACUUUCCCACCUCCACAUACUAUCCGGAUCCUGAAACGUUCCCAAGAAGGGCAUAUAUAAUGGCCAAUCUUACAAUUGAUGGUUGUGAAGCGGAUCGCGGUGCUUUGCAUGCUAAACAUGUUAUGUUGUACCUUACUGGGACCAGUCUGUUUUCAAACAACCUUGGUGGAGCAAUGUAUCUGAGUGACUCUGUAGUCAAUUUUGCUGGCAACAUCACAUUCUUGCGCAAUGUUGCGCAAGACGGAGGAGCCAUUGCCUUGUACGAUGGCAGUCAGAUUGCGGUGAACACCUCUUCAUACUUUUUCUUCAACCCGAAAUACAAUGUUCUUUUCCGACGCAACUAUGCCUUCAACAAGGGUGGUGCAAUUUACGUCGGACAGAAGAGCUCUACGAUUAACUACAACUCUGUUGUGGAGAACGGCCUAAGUCAGUUGCGGUUCACGUCCAGUUGCUUUAUUCAGACACCGGCACUGUACCUGGCUGAAGACUGCUCAAAUAAAUCAAUGCCAUUUUUCUACUUUGAUCACAACGGUGCGUGCAUCCAAGGACAGGACAUCUUCACGUUCAGCCUUCUUCUCUGCCGCGACUAUGCCAUCUUGCCGGGAGAUAUGCUCGGAUGUCCACUGGCGGCAACUGUUAUGGGUGGAGCUGGCACCGGAACAACUCAGCGUCCAUUAACUGGUUACUACAGGAACGAAAGCUUGACCAUGGCUGGUGGAGUGUCAGGUACAUACGCUCCUGCCAUCUCCACUAGUUCCACGUAUCUAUGGUUCCGUGGUGCCAGCUGCUCAUGCCAGAAAACAAUCAUUGACUCUCAGUACAUCCUUCCAGACUGCCACGAGGAUUCAAUAAAUAGCUUCCUGCGCCGAUCUAUCCAUCUUAACAGCACAGCACAAGUCCUGCUCGAUCAACUGCCCCAGUUUAGGCUGGCACGUCAAGUCGGGAGUACGUUGCCAGAUAUCUCACGACUUCUCUUACCCUGGUCAGGCACGUUUGUCAGAGACGCCGACGCAAAUCUGUUCACGUCCAUUGCACUGACGGACCCCGAUGCCUUGGCACGCAUUGGCCCUGCCGGUGAGCACCUCAUACCAAACCCGUCCAACAUCAUCUUGAUGCCGGCGCCUGGGGAGGAAUUCCACCUGAACUUCUCCUGUGUAGAUCAGCUGCAAGGAGAUGCAAGAACGUCGGCGUAUAUAUCGGUGGAAAGAACAAAAGACACACAUUUUCAGGCAGCAGUUCUUCUACGGCAAAACGGUGACUUCCAGCUUUCCAGCGACGACAAGAUUCCUUUUGUACCCGGGCAGCCUCUGGUCGGCAUCUCUCUAGUCGGAAUGCCAGGCACACGUGGUGAGCUGAGGAUCUAUGCUCCGUCUCUGCUGAUUGACAAGAACAUUGAGCUGCGGAUACCAUUCCAACUAGCUCCGUGUCCGCAUGGCUAUCUCAACCCAACACUCUAUGACCCUAGCCUGCCCGAGAACCGUUCCUACGAAACAGCUGUAGGACUAGCCUCCAGUUCCAGCUCUGGUCUGGUGAAUCGCGAGUGGCUGAAUGGAGCUGACCCUCUGGUGUGUAAUUGUGAUCAAAACAGUGAUGUCAUAGCAAGCUGCAGCAGAGGCAAAGAGAUCUAUGUGAAGUCAAGCCAAUGGGGAGGAAUAGUUCCUUCAAACGAAAUGCCAAGUGAGGUCAAAGCAAAGUACAAGUGUAACAAUACAGAACUUGAUCUGAACCAGACGUCACUGCAAGAUCUUAACAUCAUCUGCAUUCCCGUACCGAAAAGUACCUAUCAACUCCUGAGCGAAGUCAAGGAGGAGAGUUCUUUACUCUAUGGCGAUUGCCUGCGUGAUACCUGCCAAGAUGCAGACUCGGCACAUAAACUAAAAACGACAGGGAUAGCCCACAUCCUGUAUCACAGUCUAGAAGUAUCUACGCCUUGUUCUGGUGACACAGAAGGUUUAGUGUGUGGAAGGUGUCGCAACGGCACUGCAUUGACACCAUACUAUGUGUAUUGUCAAGAUUGCCGCGGAGCCAAGCCGUAUAACGUGCUCAUCACAACGUGUGUGCUAGGCAUAGCACUGUUCUCCGCCGGUAUCUACUUCACGUGGGGCAUGACACCGACACUCGUCUCUCUGCUAUUCUUCUGCCAGUCUAUAGCACUGGUUGUGCAUCGCAGCCCAUAUCUACCUCGUGGACAGGAGUACAUCACACAAACACUCACCCUGGAUCUCAGCUUUGGAAUGUGUUUCGACGAGACGUUCACCGCUCUGGAUCGCCUAUUGUGGGCGUACUUCUCUCCGGCAUACUUCUUGUUUCUGCUACUAGUGUCCUAUUUGCUCAGCAACAUCAAGUAUCUGGUUAAAGUCUUUGCACGGCGCAACUGCAUCCGGAUGUUCUGGCUGGUGAUUCUAAUGUCAUACGGAAGCCUGGCUUCCACCGCUGUCAGGAGCCUGCGUUGCUCAAGAAUCAGUCCACGCAGCACGGCCGAUCAGCUUAUCAAUUCUUCACUUCGCCUCACUGAUGAUGAAGACGUGAUCUGCUGGCAGUCACGGCAUCUGGUUGCGGCCAUCAUUGCAAACUUUCUCGUUGUGCUCAUCCUUCUGCCAACGCCGUUCAUUCUCCCAUUCUUACACAAGUGGCCACGAUUCAAGCCAUUCUCGGACGUAUACAACAGCGUAUAUCGCACAGACCGGCGCAUGUGGAGUGGAGUCGACCUGAUACGUCGCUACGUAUUGGCCAUUGCGGUCAACAUACCGCUAGACCCGGAAACGCAGCACGCCGCCGGAAUGGUCAGCUGCAUCGUGUUCCUGUGCAUGCAGGCGCUGUUCACGCCUUUCGAGAGAGCUGACAACAACACACUGGAGACGAUCCUUCUGUCGGUGCUAUGCAUCAUUGCCAACCUAGCAGCACCCGGGGCAGGCGCUACCAACUACUACUUGAUUCAAGCAUUGUUCUUCGUUACAUUAGGGUCGGUGGGUGUGUACAAAACACAUGCCUACUUACGGGCAAAUAAACUAGUUGUGCAAAGAAGGCUUUACGAGAAAUUUGGCAUUUCCAUUGGUAAUUUCCAAGAAAACCAUGUGGAGAAAGUACAGAAACAUGUGAGACUAGUGUCGGUACUGCGGGAUCCACUUCUUCAAGAUCACCUUGAUGCACCUGAUUGCGAACAAUCCUACUCCCAUGUAAUAUAACCGUAGACCUACAGACAUGCUGUACUUGAUGUGAAAACCACUUACGCCUGUAUUAUAUACUAGUAUUUAGAAUAUCAUGCCCUGGAGAAUGUAGUCCUUCAUUGAUGAUUGAGUGUAAACUAUUGAAUGUACCCUUAUUAACAGUGACUAAUGGGCAGGCAUUUGAUGGAAGCGGUUGAGAAACACAAUGUUGCCAUUGCCAUUGCACUGCUGCACAAGCACACUGUUCUAUCAGCAGCAGCAGCAGCAGCAGCAGCAGCACAGGAGCUGCUGCAUCAUGCUGCUGCUACACUGUGCAGAGUGGUGUGCUUGCGGCAAUCAGACUGUGCAAAUGCAUACACUCAUGCUCUACUCAAUUUGGAUUUCCAAUUACUUUACCUCCUACUGUAUACCGUGAAUAUUACGUACACAUUUUGUGAGAACUAUUAUUCAAAUCUUUAGCAAGAAGAAUUCACUAUCAACUAUCACUAUCAACUCCAA